AUAAAAUGUGUAUCUAGUGUACAGAAGGCGUUGCAUUCCUUGUGUAAAGGGGUUUAUUUGUCAUUAUUUUUUAAUCAUUUGCUUAUAGAAUGUCAAUUUCCUGUGACUAAACGUACACGGAUAUUAGAGGAUAUGGAUGGAUAUAGCAUCAGAUUAUAUGCCUGUGUCUUAAUCAUAGGGAGUUUAUGGGGUGUUUCCGGUCGUGACAUCAUAAACUACACCCAACCUGCCACUCUUAACCGGGCUGUGAUAUUACCAUGCCGACUGCCAAUGCAUGAGAGCGAAAAUGUCAACGUUCGCUGGUAUAGCGACAAAGAUGGCUGGCUGACUUCCGGUACAACAGUGUACACACACCAUACUGAAAUAGAAAUUAUGAAACCUGCACCGAAUGAGUGGAAUCUGUUUAUCAAGAAAAUGACUAAGUCGUUUGAAGACACUUACACCUGUAAAACUGAUCAGAACGAGAUACUUUCGCUGGUCAAGGUAAUCAUCGAAA